AUGAACAGAUCUUUAACAAAUCUUCAAGCUACAGAUACAUAUUUCCACGGAAUUAUUUCGGGAAAACCAGCAGUACCGUUGGGCCGGGUCAGCCUCGACGUCGUCUUUGGCAACACCGCUAAUUUUCGCAAGGAGCGGAUCGAUUUUGAAGUACUCGACUGGAAGUCACAAUACCACAUGCUUCUAGGCCGGCCGGCACUCGCCAGGUUUAUGGCCAUCCCCUACUAUGCAUAUCUCAUGAUGAAAAUGCGUGGACCGUACGGCAUCAUCACCAUCCGGGGAAGCUUUACAAGAUCGGACAACUAUGACAGAGAGUUCCAUAAACUUGCUGAGCCAUUCGGCAAGCAGGCGGAACUCACCUCUUUGAAGGAAACGACGGACAACGAUGUACUUCCCAUGACGAAGAAAGCGCCACAACAGAUGGAGUUCAGCACGAAGAGCGACACGACGGAACAUCAGGUACACCCGACGGAUCCCAGUAAAACAGUGCUGGUGUCCUCGAGUCUUCCUGCAGCAUAG